AUGCUGGAGAUCAUUUUCGUUUUGAUAUCUGUAGUCUCUUCUAAAAUCUUGAUUAAUAGUCCUGAUGAUCUCCGUAGAGAGUUCCAAGAAAAAUAUCCAAAAGAUCCUAUCCCAUCAUCCAGAGCUAACUUUGGACUUCCACCUAUUGGAUCUCUUAUUACAGGAAGAGUUUUUAUUCCUAAAAGCGAUUCUGAAAAAAGAGGAUGUGGUCCACUAAGCCCUAUCAGCUGGAUAGAUCCAGACCCCUCUCACACACCAAUUUUAUUACUCGAACGAGGUGGAUGCAGCUUUAUCUCCAAGGUCAGAAAUGCACAAAAUAUUGGAGCCUCAGCCGUUCUCGUUUUUGAUAAUGUUGAUGAGGAUGUCACCAAACACGCUAUAAUUGAUGGUUGCUUCAUAAGAUACCUAUCCAUAAAGGCUUUUUAGGUUAUUGUUUUGUCUAUUUUUUUGGACUUUUUUGAUAUCAAAAAUAUUUUUCUGUCGAAAGCAAUAAAUGGACUAAAGUAUUUAUAAAAUUAUCUCAAAAUAAUUAAUGAGGAAUUACUUUUAAAGCAAUUAGACACAAAAUAGGUUUAAAAACAAUUAACAAAAAAAUAGGGCAAAACAAAAUGGCUAAAAAAAGAGAUUAAAAACGGCCAAGAUAUAUUCAAAAAGAAAUUAGGCCAUAAGAAGUCUCUUAUUCAAGACGUCGUGCAAUGCUACUAAUUGAUGAUGGAACUGGAGCAAACAUAUAUAUUCCUUCACUUUUAAUCAGCAAAGAAGAUGGUGAAAUAAUAAAACGCAAAAUAGUUGAAAAUCAUGGGAAAAAUAGCAAUGCCAACUAUGUGUCUAUUACUAUUUCAUUUGAAGUGCUAAACCCUGAUGAUCUAGUCGAGUAUGAGAUUUGGAUGUCAAGUGAAAAUGACGUAGUAAGAAGCUUUUUACAUGAUUUUGCUCCAUACGCAAAGCGAUUUGACGAAGACAUGGUGCAAUUUACUCCCCAUUAUGUGCUUUGGCACUGCUCCGUAUGCAAAGUUCAUAAUUGAACUGAUGAUAAUCCUGACUGUGUAAGUGGAGGUAGAUAUUGUGCACCUGAUCCUGACUAUGAUGGCCCAAGGAACGGAAGGGAAAUCGUGAUGGAGGACUUAAGACAAAUAUGCAUAAACAAAAUAGCUCAACAAGAUAAAAACCAAAAACUCUGGUGGAACUAUAUUAAAGCUUUCAAUGAAACUUGCUCAAAUAAUAACUUUGCCAAAAGAUGCUCAGAGCAAGCCAUGAAAAUAGCAAAAAUCGACCCAGAUGAUGUCGACGAAUGCGUAGAAAACAGCUUUGAAAAGAAUAACAAAACACUUGACAAUGAAAUUCUGAAAAAUGAAAAAGAAAAGUUUGCACGAGCAGGGUUCUUUUUUUAUCCAACUGUAGUCAUAAAUAACCAGACAUAUAAAGGUGACUUGAAACCUGAAUUCAUAAUGACCACACUUUGUGAAGGCUUCAAGGAUGAACCCAAGGUGUGUAAAGAUUUUAGACAGGGAAAUAAAACUGAUAAUAAUAAUUCUCAAGGGACUGGAAUACGGGUUUCUACUUUGAUCCUUAUCGUCUUAUUUUCAGCUGUAGUGCUUGGAGUGAUUUUGUUCUUCUAUAGGAGAUGGAUUAGGAGCGAGCUUAAUUAUGAAAUGAAGAUGCAGGUAAACUCAGCUGUGAAUCAAUACAUUGCUUUGAGUGAGAGAAAUAACCCGAGAAACUAA